AUUCGAUGCAAUCCUUAUGCAAGAACCACUUCCUGCAGAACCUGUACCGGAAAAUCGACGGUGCUUUGCUGUGGUCGCAGAAUGAACGCAACCUGGAGUGCGUGAUCACCUUCCAGACGCAUUCGAUCCUGCAAAGGUUCAUGCUCAGAUUCGAUUUCCUGCAAUUGGACUGCAACGACCACCUGUACAUUUAUGACGGCGCUCAUGCUGUCGGUACUUAUAAGUUCGACCUAUCCUGUAAGAAUACUAAGCAAAACCUAGGAGCUAUGUUCACCCGAACAAAUUACGUAACAUUAAAGUAUGUGACAGACGCGUGGGGUACCGAAUCAAACGGAUUCAAGUUGGUUAUCACAGCUGUCAAGGAUCCAAGUAAGUAUCUAACACUAAAAAAUGGCGUUUUCGUUGGAGGUUUUCGAAGAAAAUGGAUGAGUCAAAUCAUUUCAAAAGGCGAAAAUGAAACGUGA